AUGGCAGGACUCGUGGAGAAACUGACUGCCUCUGGAGGCACAGAAUCCGCAGGAUUCCUCAACGACAUUGUCGCGCAGCUAUGGCCCAACAUCAAUGUUGCUGGCUGCAGGAUGGUGAAGGAGAUAGUGGAGCCUAUUCUUGCCUCCACGCUUCCUGGGCCCCUUUCUUCUCUCCGUUUCACCAAGCUUGACCUUGGUCAAGAGCCCGUGAGGAUAUCCGAAGUGGACGUUCACAAGACCCAAAAUGGCGGCAUUAAGCUUGAUAUGAAUAUCGUUUGGGAUGGAAAGAGUGAUAUUGAUCUCGAAGGAAACUUAAUCCCCAAACUGGGUAUUGGGCACAUUCACCUGCAGGGUCGGCUUUCUAUUCUGCUCGCCCCCUUGACCAACAUCAUCCCUCUGAUUGGCGCUGCGCAAGUCGCUUUCAUCAACCCGCCGCAGCUGAAGCUUGACUUCACUGAUGCAGCCAAUAUCGCCGACUGCUUCCUGGUUGACAAGGCUAUCCGAAAAAUCAUACUAAACAUCAUCUCCUCGAUGGCCGUUUUGCCCAAUCGCUUCCUUGUCAAGCUGGAUGCCAACAACGACUACUUCAAGACCUACUUGCCUCAUCUUGGAGCCCUCCGUCUGACCAUCGAGAAGGCGACUGGGGUCCAGGGCGGGAAGAAGAGUGGUGCCAUGAAGUUAUUGAACAAGAUCAUCAAGGACGUACCUGACUGCUACUGCAAGGUCACUGUCGGCGCUGAGGACGAAUGGCGCACAUCGACCAAGAAGGACGAAAUCAAUCCGGAAUGGAAUGAGACACACGACUUCCUUGUGGCCGAUAACGACCAAGAAAUCGUGAUCGACGUGCAGGACGAGGAUCUUGGUAGUGAUGACGAUAUUGGCAUCGCCACCACCAGCGUCAAGCAAAUUCUGCUGGAAGGCGGCUCGCAGGAGUUGCAACUCGUCCAUAAGGGCGAUCCAACAGACGCCAAGGUUACCGUCAGAGCUGAGUUCUACAACUUUGUCGAUGACGCUGGAAUCCUGUCUAGCCAGGGGAGCGGGGAGGAGGGCCAAAUAGUCGGGCUCGCCACGGUCCUCAUCGGCAGCGUGUCUGGACUCCAGGGCCAGCGAGACGAGCUGAACCCCAGCGUGAAGAUUUCGUGGGGCGAAAAGGAGUUUCUCACGGCCGCCAAAACUUACACCCCGGGAACGGACAUUUUCAACCCAUCUUUCGACCAAGCUUUCAGGAUCCCGCUGACCUCUGCCUCGCUUGCCAACCCAGAAAGCUUCAAAAUUUCCUUGCUGAACAAGAAGGACGAGACAGGCGCCUUCGAGAUCCCAUUCUCAGACAUUCUUCAGGCACCGGGCUUGAUCAAGGAGGAGAAUUUCGCCGUCGGUCUUGGUGUGACAGUGCGAGCUAGUAUCUCGCUCCGGGCCUUGAAGCUGGCUCACUGA